CUUUCGGUUAUAUCGACCACAAAAAACAUGAAAAAUAGGAACAAGCGAAGUGCGGAAUUGGGAGUAAUCUGAAAUCUGGAAAUCUGACACGACGAGUUAUUUUGUAACUUGAUUUAAGUUUUGCAAUAAUGCAUGAAUAUAAUAAGAUAUGUCAUAUUCACUAAGUAAUAAUUAUGGAAAGAAGUUUCAGCUUACAGAUUCACUUUUACGACGACGUCUUAGCCAGGGAGAGUACGAAAAUAUCAAAAUUGUCGAGCCAGCCAUCAUCGUCACUAAUGAUGAGUCAAGCAAGCAGUUAAAGAGCCCUAGUUAUAAACAUGCUGCAAUUUCGAACAAGUGCUUGUAUGUUGUUAACACACCUGCCAAGCAAGACUCAGAUUUAAUAUAUACAAUACCUCUGCAAUAUGUAAAAGAUAUAAAGUUUCUCUAUGAUGCUGCAGAUUUUCUUCAAGGUGAGUUACAAAAACAAGCACAGCACAUACAACUUGUCUGUAUUCAACCCAAUAACAAAAAUGUUUUGCAACCAGAUGCAACAUUGUCAAUUUCCAGUCAAGGAAAUAAUGUGAAUGAAUUUUCUAUACCAAAAAUAAUUGAGAAACCAGCCUCUACUGAAGUGCUAUUGGUAGAACCAUCAAAUAAUGAAAACACAAGCAAUGUAAAACUAUCUAGUAGAAAAUCAAAAGAAAAGAUAAAAGGUUUAUCAAAAACUUCUGAACUAAGUUUGGGCAACAAAUCAUUGACUACUAGACCAUUACCAAAGCCAAUGGAUGGCACAGAAACAUUGAAUGCCUCAUAUACAAGCUCUAUGUUUUUAGAUGUAAAAAAUGGAGGUAGGGACAUCUUACCCACACACACUUUAAGUCAGAGUAAAAGUUAUGAUUGUUUGAGUAAACUUGCAGAAAAACGUUCAGCGAAUCUUAAUAAUAAUUUACCUGGAUCUUUUACAUCAAGAAGACCACAAAGCUUGAAUAUGGCUACAAGUUAUUCCUGGAAUGAUAUAUUAAAAGCAGAACAUAACUUUAAUAAGCGUAGACAAACAACACAGUAUCUGGAAGAUGCCUCUGAAAGUUUAAAGAGAAUAGAGGGAAAUAAAAACCAAUCCAACAGCCUUACUCAAAGUUUUUCUGGAAAGCUUUCAAAGUUUUUUGGGAGCAAAGAUGACAUUUUUGAUAAUUCUUCCUCGCUAGUAGGCCCUAGCUCUCAGGUUAAGUCAAGGAGUCGAUCAUCAUCAAAUUCACAAGCAUCAGUUAAUUUUGAAGACAAGAAAGAUGAGAAUGAAAACAAUAUAGAAGAUUACUUUGUUGAUUUUUUCACUGUCAGUAAAAGUUCAAAAUUAUACAACAUUUUGAAGGAAACAUGGAUUGCAGCUGUGAUUGCUGGUACUUUGGAUCUGGAAGAUAAACAUUACCUUCAACCUAAUGGUCAAAGUUCAGCAAUAAAAAUUGAAAAUGACAACAUUGUACAAAAGUUGACACAACUUAAAGAAGAGGUAUUAGGAUGCCACCAGGAUGACGAACUUUUUUUGUUGACAAAAGAAAUGAAAUAUGCUUGCAAAAAUUAUUUAGUUGCCAAAAGAGUCAUAUGGAAGUCUCCAACCUUGUUGAGAUUCUAUUUGUCUGUGAUGGAUCGCUUGUUAAAAUCUCGCACAAGAUCUCAAUCUGAAAGAAUGGAUGAACUUGAUCUUCUGAUCAUCAUUGGUGAGCUGUUUGUUUGUGCUUUUGAAGAAACUGAGUUACUAUCAAGCAGAAACAUGUUUAUAAAUGAAAACAGUGCAUUGUUUAUCAAGGAUUUUGUUAAAUGUAUUUUGCAACCUCCAAUCUCAACCAUUGGUGAGAGAAAAUGCCAUGAAGAGUUGAAUGAACUUGUUGAGACAUGGUUAGAUACUUGCGUUUCAUUGCUGUAUGAGGUUAUAAAUGCUGCAAAUCAGUCUAUUUGGAGUUGCAGUUAUGAAGAAAAGUCAUUCGAUGUCACGUUGCUGUCUUAUGUCAUUUCUCAAGAGGUGAACUCGAUGAGAUGCAUUGUAGAGCAUAUUAUUCAGAAUCUGAUGUGUCAACUCACAUUAAAACCAAGUUCAACACUUUCACCCGCAGAUACAGUUUUGCUUUACAAAGAACUUGAAAUCCUUUUGUUCAUCUGCACGAAUUGUGCAAAAAUCUAUCAAAACAUCAAAACAUUUCAUCAUGAAGAAAUAAAAUACUACAUCUCAAAAAAUGACAAUUUCCAACGCGUUCCCAAACACUACCCACUGUCGUCCAUUUUAGCUGUCAAAUUGCCAAAUGUUGUUCGUUUACUCACCGAGUAAGCUUAUCAAGUCAAGUUGAAUAAUCAAGUAUAAUGAUAACUACGUGAAGUAUAUAAUGCUACAGAAAUUACGGAAUUUAAUUUAUGUUGAUUUUUAUUUAUUCUGAUAUUUGAGAUUUACACUGCCCGAUUGCAAUUUCGUUGAUCGAAUAUCGCACAGUAAGUAUGUUUUCUAUUUUUAGUGACCACACAUUCAAGAAUAGAAAUGCGUGCCUUUCUUAAAAAUACAAUAUUUUAUCACCAACAGAAAGCUUAAGUUUAUGAAAAAUAACUAGUAAAAGUCGCGCCUGUUUAGUUAACAUUGAACCACAUUUUGUUCUGCUUAUAAAAAGGGCGUAUAUUUUGUUGUUUCAUGUGUUCAAUUUUAGCACAAACCGAUUUUUUAGUGGCCUAAAAAGUUACGCACGAAAUGUCCCAAAACUCAACUCUGUAUUUACACUACUAACAUUUUGUUUCGUUGUUGAUAUAUUGAGACUAAAGACGAUAAAUAAAAAUUAUAUUGAACGAAAAUAAUUGUUAAUAUAUGACCGAAUUAACACUUCUUCUGUUGGACACCACCAAAAACGGUGCAGUAAGCUUCGUUUCUAAUAUAUUCUCUUCGGCGAGCAUAGGACCCUUCAUGUGCUUUUGUAUUCAUUCUUGUUUUUAUUUAUAAAGAGAACAUUGUGGUGUUUCACAGAAAAAAUGUAGUUAAUAAAAUAUUCCUAAUUGUAAUAUAAUUUUGAUCAUUAUUUAUUUGAUUUGUUGAUAUUUUUUUGUACAUAUUGAUUUAUUUAUAAUUUAUUCAAUAUGAAGUCCAAAAAGUGAAAAUAUAAAAAAUAACAACGA